AUGGCGACCAGAUCACUAGAACUGAGCUCAGCUAGACCCUCAUACAUCACCACCGACGUACAUACGAGAGCUCGCAAAGCCAAGACAAACAACGUUCAGGAAGCAGUACAAUACCGACAACUCAUCUCCCGAGCUGUAACGCAGCGUCUGCACUCGCCAUCUCUCGAAGACCUCACAAAGACUGCGGCGGGGAAUAUAAUCGCCCACACCCUCGAAGAAUGGGAGAUACAAGAGCGCUGCAUCGCACGGAUCAAAGCCCGAAAUGAGGCCGAAGAGUUGGGUAUCCCAUGGACACAAUUCAUCCGCGAUGUGGGAAGCGCCUCUCUGCAAGUCCACGUCCUCACCCCAACUCGGUACGAAGUACCGCCGAGAAACAUCAACAAGAACCAAGAGGCGACUAAACAGAACGAGGAGAUGACGUACAGAUUUGGCGACUACGAAGGUGCAGCGCGUGAUCAAGAGUGGAAGACAAAAGACGCUGCUGUAUACAACAUGUUGAAAGCUUUUCGGGAGACUAGGGACAUCAGCCGCACCAAACCAUUGCUGCAAGACUUCGACGCUCUUGGAGCAUGGUUUGACGGUGUCGCGGCGAUCAACACAACCACCUCUGCCUCAUCUAAGAAGAAUGCGACCAUCGCGAUAGUCGGCGCCGGAAUCUCUGGUCUCGCUACGGCCCUGAUGCUUGACAGCGUUGGUGUGCACAACUGGGAGAUCAUCGAGGCAAGUGACCGAGUCGGAGGACGGUUCCGAACCAAGUACGUUGGUGGAACGCAAGAAUGGGCGGAGAUGGGUCCAAUGCGCCUUCCUCACUCGAUUACAUACAAGGAUGGAGAGACGAUCGAAUACAGCGACCAUCAAAUGGUAUUCCAGUUGGCCGAGAUGCUCAAUGAGAUGAACGCAAACGAUCCUCAUUACAAAGUCGACUUCAUCCCAUGGGUUCAGCAUCAUCCCAAUGAGCUCCUCGGCCUAGGAACUGGCAGACUUCCAAAUGGACAACUUCCGACGAGAGCGGAGAUCCAAGCAAACUCGUCUCUUGGGCGACCAGCACCACUGGACACGCAGGAGUACACUGAAACCAAGCAGCGCAUGAACGAGCUUCUAAAGUCGAAGGACAGACUCAAGGCCGUGCAACGCGACGUGUGGCGCGAACACAAAAAAGCCAUGGAUCAAGGUCUUGACGACUGGAGCGAGCAGGCCAUGAUGCGCCACGUCUUUGGCGCAAGCGAAACCGUCACAGACGCCAUCUGGACAGCGAGCGACUACGACGUCUUCUGGGAUGAGUUGGUGCACAACUCCAACCUUGCGCAAGAUGGCGGACCGGAUGCAUUGGGCAUGACUGAGUGGAGGUGUGUAGACGGCGGCUUCAAUAGACUGUCCGAUGCGUUCCUUCCUCAUGUCAGCGACCGUCUCACCCUCAACCGUAAGAUCAGAAAACUGGAGGCUGUUGAAAAUGCCGAAGGUCGCACACGCACGAAACUGUCGUGGUAUCCCAGCGUCAGUAACCGAACAUAUGAGUCGAAAGAGUACGAAUACACAAUCAUGGCAGUGCCAUUCACCAUGACACGCUUCAUGUCGCUUCCGAAAUUCUCCUCCGUACUCGGUCGCGCGAUCAGCGAAGCUGGCCUCCGCUUCAAAUCCGCCUGCAAAGUGGCGCUGCUCUUCAAAGAACGUUUCUGGGAGAAGGGCGACCGUCCCAUCUUCGGCGGAUACUCUACACCACCCAGUGCAGCCGUCGGCGCUCUUUACUACCCCGUCUACGGCCUCAACGAGUCUCGCCCAGGCUUGAUCCUGCACUACCGAGGAGGCCAUUGGAGUGACGAGUUCACGAGCUUCUCAGACGAAGAGUAUGUGCAGACUGUGUUGGAUGCUGUUGUCAGUGUGCAUGGAGAGCAAGCGAGAGAGUUGUAUACGGGCGACUACGAGAAGCUGUGUUGGUUGCAGGACGAGCAUACGGGGACUGCUUGGUGUCGUCCGGAUGUGAUGCAGCAUAAGCUGUAUAUCCCGGCAUAUCACCAGACAGAGCACAACACUAUCUUCAUUGGAGAGCACACUGCACCAACGCAUGCUUGGGUCAGUUCGUCGCUGCAUUCAGCUGUUAGGGGUUCUGUGCAGCUGUUGCUUGAGUUGGGUUUGGUGGAUGAGGCGAAGCGGGUCAAUGAGAAGUGGAUGGGCAGGUGGAUUCAGCAUAUAACCGCGUAG